CCAACUUCCCUGGAACCACCUUCUCCCUGGAACCACUCUGGCCUCAGCCGUCUCUCUUCUCCUCCGUCUCUCCUCUCCUCCGUCUCUCCUCUCCGUCUACCAUCUCAGCAUAGUCAGUGUUUACCAGCGCUGCGCCUGGCAACAAGCUGCAUGCUCAGGAUUACAGGAGGCCUUACCUUUCAACACUGUGAGCUCUGCCUUCCUGCUUCGAUCUCUCUCCUUGGGAACUAACGCGGGGCACACGGAGGUGCGAGGUGAGAGAGCCGUGGAGGAGAGCCCUGAUUUGAGGCGCCGUGUCCGCACACCUCCCUCAACUGGCUUCAGUCCUCUCUACUCUCUCUCUGUCUUGUGGUCUCGAUUAGUGUCUGGUUGUUCCUGGAGGUUUUGGUGGUUGUGUGUGUGGUGGACUUAGGGGAGUUCGUCUCACGGGUGGAUCUCGUGGAGCACCGUGAUGGAUCACUCCCUGUUUGGGUGCCUCCGGAGCCCCCACGCCCCGGCCCAGGGCCUGCACCCCCACCCUGCCUUUACCCAGUCCCCGCUGGUGCUGCACGGACGCUCCGACCACAUCUCCUACUCCAACCUGCCCGACUCCUCGUCCCCCUGUGGGGGGUACCCUGGACCUGGGGGGGAGGAGGCGUACGGAGGGCAGCAACACCACCAUCGUGGAGGACACCUCCAUCAGCAUCAGCAGCAUCCCCACCACUCACAGCACCAGGCCCACCAGACCCCCUGGCAUGUCCCCCAGAUUCCCUCACCCAACACCAGGCAUGGCCUCUGCCUGCCUCCUCCGGACAGGCAAGUCUCAGAACUGUGUGGUGGAGGGACCGUGAAUCUGUGUGGAUUCCAGACUAACCCCGGUCUAGGAGGUAGUAGUGACCCUACAGGUGUGUCGUGUGUUCCUGGGGACGUUGGACGACAGACGAUGUCCCCGGACGAGACGGAACAGAGACGGAACAGUAAAGGAAAAGAUGACUUGCACAGCUCAGAUUCCCAGGACGGGAGCUAUAAGUCUGACGUGAACAGCAAGCCCAGGAAGGAGAGGACAGCGUUCACCAAGGAACAGAUCCGGGAACUGGAGUCAGAGUUUGCGCACCACAACUACCUGACGAGACUUAGGCGAUAUGAGAUAGCAGUCAACCUCGACCUCACAGAAAGACAAGUGAAGGUGUGGUUCCAGAACAGAAGGAUGAAGUGGAAGCGUGUUAAAGGAGGUCAACAGGGGGCAGCAGCCCGGGAAAAAGAACUUGUCAACGCGAAGAAGGGAACGCUGUUGCCGUCAGAGUACUGUGGCAUGGUGGGAGGAUUACACCACUCCUCCAGUUCCCCUGGUAAUGAGGACAGUCACGACAGCGACCAGAGCUCAGAGCACGCUCAGUUAUGACCCUGACCCGCCACAUAGGCCACGCAGUGGUCAAAGGUAAAUUUUGUAGCCAUUUGGACAAACGUCUAAAAUUGCAGUGAGUUGAUGUGAUCAUGUUGCAUUUGUAGGUACAGAAUUACAUACAUAGGCCUACAUACUCACUAUGCUCUCAUGAGUAGAAAGAAGACAUGGGCUUAUACUCUCUCAAGAAACAGCAGCGGGUGUUCUGACUAAAGGUGUUUGUUGACUGGCUAAGGAGUGGAGGAAGAAAGAUAAAGUAAAGGUAAGCAAGAAGAGGAAGGAAUGGAACGAGGAUGGAAUGAUCAACUGGAUGUGUAAGAUCAAAUAAAAAAAUAUAUGCUUGUGAGCAAAGCCUCAAGCUCCUGAGACUGUAAAUUGGGAAUAUAACAGGAUAUUAUUGUGAACAUUCCACAAGUGCCUUGCAUUGAUAAAAUGGCUUGGAUUUUUGCACUGUCAAAUACUAAAUUCUACUGUAUUUUCUCGGUUUGGAAUACGACAAUCAUGCAAUGAGCUUUAAGUAAAAAUGUGGAAUUGAAUUGAAUAGUAGGCUAUUACCGUGAGUCCUAUUAUUCUGCUUUACUCACAACAUAACUGAAUGAUGCAUAUUCAUCUCCCGACUGUUGAUCCAUUGGUUUUACAUUGUUCUCCCACUAAGUCUUAAAAGUUUACCUUUGAGUGAAAUAUAUAUAUAUAUAUAUCAUUUUAUUACAUAUAAAUCUGGGACAUAAUGGUUUCUUAAGUGAAUAAAACUGA